AUGACUCCCGAGUCACCCAGAUACUUAUGCACCAAGGGAAGAAAAGAUGAAGCACUGGCCAUACUGGAGAAAAUAGCACGACUAAACGGUAAAAAACUUCCUCCGGGCAUCCUAGUUUCUGAAAACAGCAUCGAGCUAGAAGAAAAGUCAGAUCUUUCAGAAAACAGCAUCGAGCUAGAAGAAAAGUCAGAUCUUUCAGAAGAUGCAAAGCUGAUUCCACCCAGAGAAAACAACGGCAGCACAAGUCCUAAUAAAAGCACAGAUUAUUCCCCGAAAAGCGGAAUCACAUUGCUCGCAGUGCUUCUUUCGCCUGAACUGAUUAGAUCGACAUUACUUUUGUGGAUGGUCUUUUUCGGUAACGCGUUCGCUUAUUACGGGCUCGUUUUGUUGACCACUGAGUUGAACAGCAAUCACGGGACGUGCACUCAUAAAGAGUCACCUUCCGGUAAUGUACAUCAAGAAGUUAGUUACAAAGAUGUGUUCAUUACCAGCUUUGCAGAGUUUCCUGGGCUCGUCCUAUCGGCUGCAACGGUCGACAAACUUGGCCGUAAAAAGUCCAUGGCUGGAAUAAACCCACUCGUGACCCGACCCGACCGCCCAGAUCUGGGCUCACCCGACCCUCCCAUGGACGACGACGACGAAAUCCAGGGCCAUCCAUCUUCCCCCCCUCCCAACGGCCGCAUCGCAGUCACCGUCCCCGCCGCCGGCUGCCUCUCCCCGGCUCCCACCUCUCCGCCGCCUCCCAUACCCCUGACCCUGGCCCUCCCGAUACAAAACCCCCAGAAGACCCCCUCCUCCGGCGGCGGCGGCCGGGAUGACUGCUGGAGCGAGGAAGCCACCGCCGUGCUAAUCGACGCCUGGGGCGAGCGCUACCUGGAGCUGAGCCGGGGGAACCUCAAGCAGACGCACUGGAAGGAAGUGGCCGACGCCGUCGGCCGCCGGGAGGACCUCCACAACAAAACCCCCAAGACCGACGUCCAGUGCAAGAACCGCAUCGACACCGUCAAGAAGAAGUACAAGCUCGAGAGGGCCAAGAUCUCCGAGGGCGGCCCACCCAGCAAGUGGCGAUUCUACCACAAGCUCAACGAACUAAUCGGGCCCACCACCAAAACGAACUCCAUUACUCCUUCAUCCAUGGAACAGAAGUUCCCCGUGAGUUUUCCGGUCGGGCUCAGAUCAUCUUCCAGUCGAAACCCGGCCCGCAAGAAAAACCCGCCAUUCGACUCCGAUGAUGAGUCUGAACCCGAGAACUCACCAGAUUCUUCCGACGGUUUGCCUCCCGAUACUAAUAAACGGCCAAGAUUCCAAAGAACGUCGAACGGCAAUAAAUCGGCUCUCAAGAAAAGUGAUGCUGGAAAUAAUGAGAGUGAUAGCAAUGGAAACUGGGGGAACUCUAUGAAAGAGCUAACUCGGGCCAUCUUGAAAUUCGGCGAGGCUUACGAACAAGCAGAGACUGCCAAGCUUCAGCAGAUUGUGGAGAUGGAGAAGCAAAGGAUGAAGUUUGCAAAGGAUUUGGAGCUGCAAAGGAUGCAAAACUUCAUGAAGACGCAGCUCGAGCUCUCGCAGCUGAAGGUUAGGAGACCUGGUAAAAACAAUAAUAAACAAGAAUGA